AGCCCUUCUCUGAUUGGCCAACAGUCCUGCCAAUCAUCCUUACGCUCUGUACCCGCUUAUGUUACUGCAGGUGCAAAGCUGGACUCUUGGCUAGCCGCUGCUGGGAAGCCGAGGAUAAAACACACCGUUAACGAUGGCGUCUGCAAAUGCCACAUACGGACAGAAGGAGUCCUCGGACCAGAACUUUGACUACAUGUUUAAAAUCCUCAUCAUUGGCAACAGCAGCGUAGGAAAGACUUCCUUUCUUUUCCGCUACGCGGACGACUCCUUCACGCCAGCCUUCGUCAGCACGGUGGGCAUCGACUUCAAGGUGAAGACCAUCUACAGGAACGACAAAAGGAUAAAGCUGCAGAUAUGGGACACUGCUGGCCAGGAGCGCUACAGGACAAUCACAACAGCUUACUACAGGGGAGCCAUGGGAUUCAUCCUCAUGUAUGACAUCACCAACGAGGAGUCCUUCAACGCCGUCCAGGACUGGUCGACCCAGAUCAAGACCUACUCGUGGGACAAUGCCCAGGUCCUCUUGGUGGGCAACAAGUGUGAUAUGGAGGAUGAACGAGUGGUGGCCUCAGAGAGGGGCCGACAGCUGUCAGAACAGCUGGGUUUCGAGCAUUUUCAAGCAAGUGCUAAAGAUAACAUUAACGUGAAGCAGACCUUUGAGCGGCUGGUGGACAUCAUCUGUGAGCGGAUGUCAGACAGUUUGGACAACAACGACCCAAAUGUCACUGGCACUAAACAGGGACCGCAGCUCAGUGAGCAGCCGCAGAGGUCCCAUCAGGAUUGUGCUUGCUAAACAUGACCCCCCCCCCCCCUCCCCCCAUACACACACACACACACACACAGAUUCUUUCUGCCGUCCUAAGGUCCACACUACUUUUUUUUAGGUUUUACUUCCACUUUCGGUUUCUUCGUAUUUGCACAUUUACACAACCUGAAGCCCCCCCCGCCCCUCUAUCUACGGGAAGAGCAUUGUCCACAUCUCAGUCAUACAGAGAUUGUGUGUCUGUGCUAACUUAGUCAGGGGGUUGAAAAACAAUUAACAGCGGUACAAUCCCCUUUCUUACUUGAACACGUUUACACACACACACACACACACACACAUGCUCAAUCCUUCUCUUAACAUACUUAUAAGAGACCAGUGACGGCUGAGACUCCAUCAUUCCUUGUUGACGUGUGCGAUUGAGGUUUUACUAUUAAAGAAUGUGGAUCCUCCAAUUUAAAGGCCCCGCUCAGCACACCUCAAACCUAUAUGGAUACAACUUUGUUUUACUUUUAUUCCCAUUGAAAAUAUACAUUCUUUGCUGUGGAUACUGUUUUUUUCGUUUUUAUAUACACAUAUUUUGGGGUUUGUUGGGUGUAGGGUGAAACCACUGGCUCUGGUCAGUGCUGUGAUUGACUUUCUACAAAUGGUUGCGGUCAGAGUUUGACGUCCCCAUGGGGUCAUUUAAAAAAACUAAACGUUUUUCUUCUAAUUUUAGGAAUAAAUGUAAGAAUAGCAAAAGCCUUGUACAUUGAUUUGCUGGUCAGGUUGUUGUUAUUCAUUUCUUUUAGUGUAAUUGGAUGGCAGUAUUUUUUUUAUUUCGCAUAGUCUCACCAAAUUGAGAAGAGUGUAUAAAUGUUUAAACAAUAUACAUGCAUUCAAAAAUGAUUAAAUAAUAUUUAUACAUAAAUAGGUAUAUUAUACAAUAGUAAUUUAGGACAAUGGGUUGCUACUUGUGUUUUAGUGAGCAUGAUGUUGUUUUUAACCGUUUCUGGUGGAUUGGACGGUUAUUUGUAUGAGCUACUGUCUGUAUUGUCUUGGAGUUUCCGUACUUUGAGGUACCAAAUGGGGCUAAAGGUUUCACACGUUAAGCCCACAACCCCAUUCUCAUUGUAUUAACUUUAACUUUAACUCACUCCAUCCAAUGUGCAACACACUCUGUAGAGAGGCAUGUGAUUCAAUGUGACCACUGUCAUACCAGAGACCUCUCCUGCAACUUCAGAUGGAAGGUAUUUCCAUCUCUACAUUAUGGGGGAACCUUAUGUUUUAAAGCAUGUUAAAUGUCAAAUGUGUGUGUUCUCUCCCUCUGAUGUUACUGUUUGUCUGCUUGUGUAAUACAGUACAAAACCUUAUAUAAGUCAUGCAAGGCAUGCUGCAAUAUGUUCACCAAUUAAGUUAUUUCAAAAUAGAGAUUUAUUUUGCAUAUUUAUAACCUAAUCUACUUUUUAAGAUAAUUUUCUUCCUAGGUUAUGCAUCACGGGCUGCACUGUACUUUUUAAGGAGAUGUUCAAUAGUAUUCGAUUAUUUAAACUCUGCCAGCUUUGAAGUUUCCAGUUUAAAAAUGGUUUAUCUCAGCACAGCUUUGGAGGGAAGUUGGUUUGUUUUGUUGUUAUUUAGCUUCCAAGACUUGGUGGUGUAAAAGCAGAUUGUUCUCUCAGAGCAAUAGUCUUCCUUUCCCUCCGCACCCAAAAUGAGCAAUCCACUACGGAGGGCGUGUAACGUACGUGAGAGAAUAUACGGUUUCUGUAAAGGCGUGAAUUGUUCUUUUCGAAGACAUCUCAACAUGUUCAAAGCCCAAGAGGGUGUCUGUUAGACUUUAGUGGGACUUGCACCAACACGUGUUGUAAUGCUUUCCUACUCUGUGCACCAGCGUUGAACGAGGGCAAACGGUUGGGGAAGUAAAGUGAAUACUCUGAACGCUGAUUCUUACUUCGUUGUUUGAUUUUUUGUUACUUUACUUACUUAUUUAUUGUGUUUUACUGCUGGUGAUUUAGGGACACUUCGCAAUGCUGUUCAACUCCUUUUUUCCUGCCUCCCAUGUCUCAUGUAAAUAGAAAACUUUCUGCCUGUCGGGUGUUGGUUGUGUGAAUUGUGCUGUAUUUCCGUAUUGACAGAUUUGCUAAAGUGGGGAAAUUAAAAAAAAAUCUAAAAGCCA